GGUACUUUUCCUCCCUCUGUCAUUUAAGAAGUUCAUUUCCACCUCCUGCUAUCAUCUCACCCUGGCUGGUCUUAGCUAUUCUGUUUCCAACUUUAAUUUCACCACACACACACAUUUAUACAUAUUAUAUUUAUACACUCACAGCCAGACUGCAAAUCAGCCAAUGAAAUGUUAACUGAGAGUGAGAUUAGUGGAUUAACAUGUACCAAAGUAGCUUGUGUAAGAGGAGAACGUUACCGUAGCCACCGGGCCAGUCAGCUAAUCCAGAAGGCAGACAGAACACACAGGACUCAUCGCUGCACAGACCAAGAGUGAAGCCUAACGGAGCUACCGGAAAACUAAACCACGUCUCCAAUGAUGCUCCCAUGAACCACCAGUGACUCCUGAUCUGAGGGCAUCAUGCUGGAUACAGAGGGCCAGUGGUCCGAGGCGUUAGCCAGCAACAACAUAAGAGCCAUCAUCCGCUGGCUGCGGGAGUUUACAGCUGAAGCUGCAGGUGAAGCUGACGUGGACAAAAUCCUACCGACUUUCAGCUGCUGGGUACAGAGGACAUCAGAGUUUGCUAAAAAGGAGUUAUUAACACUAUGUUUCAGCCGCUGCCAGGGCCUGUGGAUGUUUCUGGACCGCAGCUCUUUCACCAGAGUUCACUUGCUGCUCCAGAGACUGAGGAACUUGCUCACCCUGGCCCAGUGGGCAAGGCGGCAGCUCUGUUCAGCCCACCUCUGGCAUGGUGUGGGGGUCCCGUGUGUGGUCUGCAGGGAUACAUUCGGCUCCUCAGACGUCAGACGUGGCUGCUGGAACCGAGAGCACAGGGCCCUAAAGCAACACAUCUGGCUGGGACGGCUGGUUCAGUGGUGGGGCAUCAUGGGACUUCUGCCCAAGUACCCUGAUGCUCACGAGGUGAAACGCAUCUCUCAGAUGUGGAAGGAAAUGGAUCACAGCCAUCGGAAAGCUCGUCUCGAGACACCUGGAUGUGAGGAGGGAGAAAUGGAAAGAUUUAGGUCUUUAAUACAGGGUAUGGUGACUCAGCUGGACAUACAACAUGGGUGCAUUUGGACUUCUGAAGACUGCACAGACCAGUGCUAUCCUCCUCCUAAUCUGCAGGCCCUGCUAAAGCUCGUGCUGGUGCCUCAUAUCGACAACAUGUCAGUCCAAGCGCUUCUCAUGUACUUUGUCCUGGAUAUGGCGAACUUCCUGCAGUGCAAAGGUGACCUCCUCCAAUCAUUCUGCCACGCUUUCACUAUUCCUUCCAGCUUUUCCCAACAAAUCAGGGCCUUCUGGAUGCUUGAUCAUGGACACAUCAAGGCCUCCAUGGAGUUAUUGCUGAGCCCAAGGGCUGCUGCUCCCCGUCUCUCCUGGCAGCAUCGUUGCAUCAUCCACUGUCUGCUAAUGAGGAAGCAGCCUCAGUUGGCAUUACGGUACCUCCACUGGACCAGACCCGCAAUAGAGAGCACUGAGGAUGCUAAGUUCUGUGCAGAUGUGCUUCUUCAAAACAGUUGCGUCCCUGAAGCCGGUGCUCUGCUGAAGAGAGGCCACACUGAAAACGACAACGUGGUCAUGUACUUCCUCCAGGCUUGUAAUGGAUUUGGUCUGUGUGCAGAGGCUUUGAAAUGCAUCCCUGCAGGAUACAAUGUUGAAAGGGACAUUGUAAAUGGGACUACAAGGUCACAGUUGCCACUGAUAAAGAAAGCAGGAAGGCCACCCUGCCCGCUGUCUGCCAAACAGUAUCAGGCUCAGAGAGUCAAUACUGUGUCCCCAGAGGAACUGGUCCAACUAGUCAGAGAGGCUGUGAUAGAAGUGAGAAAGCCACAGCCCAAGAUAAGGGAGGUGGUGUGGCCGGAGCACACAGAGAGAAAAUCGAACAGCAGAGAGAUGUUUCUGUCAACACAGGCUCUCCGUCAUCUCACGCCCAGCCCCUCCCCAAUGAACAUGAUAGAAGAAACAGAGCAAACAGCACAUACAGAUGAACCAGAAGAGGAACAGCCUGUCCAUAAUCAGCAGCCUGAGUCACCAGAGCACAUUUCUUCUUCUGAGGAUCUGAGCUCUGAGUCGGUCCCCUCCUUCACCUUAGCCUCCUCCUUGCCUCUGUUGAGACAGGACCGUCCUCAUGUGUAUGAAAGUACCUUGACUCUGCAGAGGAUCUCCUCUUUCCUCACUGAUGGAGAGAACCAAAGCAGGGAGGAGGAAGAAGAGAGCAGAACCCCUUCAUCAGUUGAAGCCUUGCCAGAUUGCCCUGAGCUGACAAUGACACUAGAUGGUGCCACAGACCUUGUUUUCUUGAGCAACUCUGCAGAGGAGGGAGAAGAGGACGUUAAGACUGUUUUCUCAAGCGAGGACUUUCUCAGUGUUGAUGCAGUUUCAGGACCUUCCAUGGAUGAAACCAUUCCUGUAAACAAGAGUUGCAGGUUAUAUCUUCCCCCUCAGUUCUACAGUGAUGAGGUCAGCCAAUCAGUGCCCUCCCUCUGCGAGCCUCAGGUGGAGUGUCACAGCUUCCUCUCACCUGACUAUGAGAACAUGGCCUGCUGUAAAGGAGAAGAAGUUGUUCAUGGUCCCCCAGAUGUCACAGAUCUGUGGAGCUUUGAUUUAACACUCGACCAAGAGGACCAACCAGAUUGCAUCCCUUCACAGAUUUUCAGUUUUAGUGAAGCAGCCACACCUGACUGUUUCCUGGAAGAAGAAUGUCAGAAAACACAUGAGCAUCAACAGCAAGAGGAAGCAGUGGAAUGCUUCAGUCAAGACCUCUCCUGUGCCCUGUCUGAAACCACCGUGCUGACUGACCUUCACCAGAGCCUUCUGUCAGAGCAUCCUGUAGCCAGUGGCUCAGGUGUCUCAGUAGAGACCGGUCGGCAGGACAUCUCCCCUCUCACCCCCAUGUGGAGCUCUAUUUUCCGCACACAGCUUCCGAUCUCUGGUAGCUCUCUGACCCCCAGCCUACCCUGCAACAUCAUAACCACCUCUGCUCCCUCUGACACCACCAAUGAGAGCUCCCCCAUAUCCCAAUUAAAGAUGGAUGAACACAAUGUCCAGAGCACCUCAGCCUGGCUCGAUCAUUGCAAGAUGGGCAGCUGGUGGACACAGGACCUGGAAACCCAUAGAGCUUCCACUGGCCUUCUACCUGCUUCAGAGCCAGGAGCAGCUAUCGCAUCAGAUACUAAGAGGGCUUCUCUUGUACUGGGCCAACCGUAUUCCCACAGUCUGGUCAACUUCAUGGACUUCAGUGCAAAGCAAAAAGGAGACAGCAGAGAUGACAAACAGGCAGACAAAGAGGAGCCCGCAGGUUGGAGCAGUUUGGGGAAGGGCUCACAAGGUGCCAUAAGAAGUGGGAGAACACUAUUAAGGAAAGGAAAACGAGUGAAGAGAGCAUGAAGAUUUAGCACAUCUAUGACACACAGUGAAUGAAAUAUAUUCUCUAAGUCUUUUAACAUCUUUCUUUUGAUCCAGAAAUGCAUUUUGAAUCCAAUCAAAGCAAUACUGUAAGGAUUAACUCACACCAAAUUUAACUAACUUGAUGAUCACCACAGACUAUUCACAUUGACUUGAUCCGUCUCCCCAUCCUCAUCAGUCAACUGGUCAGAUUGGACGGCAUCUACUGCGUCUAUCAGCAACCUUUUCCUGCCCGGUGAUAUUGUCCAGCCACACCCUUUCUCCUCCACGUGUCAGAAACACUCAAUAAUGAAUUUCUCAGGAAUUAUUGAUAAACAUAAAUUAUUAAAUAUAUUGCUAAUUAAAACUCCAGUAAAAAUAAAAAA